AUGCCGGAACUCCCGGAGGUGGAACACGCGCGUAAACUCGUCCACGCGCACUGCGUGAACAAAAUCUGCACGAACGUCAUCUUCCCGUCCGCUGAAACCGGCGUUUUGGACGAGAAAUGUUUCAAAGAUAUCGGGGAGGAAAUGUUCAAGAAAGCAGUCCUGAACAAACGCUUACUCAACACGCACAGGAAAGGCAAACAAGGAUGGCUCGAAUUCGAAGGCGAGUCGUUCGUUUUGUUCCACUUCGGGAUGACCGGGGCGUUCUCGGUGAAAGGCGAAAGGCCGUUAAAGUACGUGGAGUUUAAAGUCGACCAGGAAAGUUGGCCGCCAAAGUUUUAUAAGUUUGUGUUGGAGUUUUCGGGAGGAGAGAAGUGCUUGGCGUAUACCGACCCGAGACGGUUUGGACGAGUGCAAGUGAGAAACGAGUGUCCGAGGAAAUCGGCACCGGUGAAUAAGCUUGGAUUUGAUCCGUAUUUAGAAAGGAUUUCGGAGACGGAGUUUGAGAAGAUUUUUAGGAGACGCAACGCGGCGAUUAAGAGCGUUUUGUUGGAUCAAAGCGUCGCGUGCGGGGUCGGGAACUGGAUGGCGGACGAGAUGUUGUAUCGAGCGAAAAUUCAUCCGGAGGUGAAAGCGAGCGAGUUGAAUGGAGAGGCGAUGCGGAGUUUGCGGGAGGCGAUGUUUGACGUGACGAGAGUGGCGGUGGAAAGCGACGCGGAUUCCGGACGGUUUCCGAGCGAUUGGUUGUUUCAUCACCGGUGGGGGAAGAAUCAAAACGCGAAGAUGGCGAACGGGGAGAAGAUUAGCUUUUGCGAAGUUGGCGGGAGAACGACCGCGUUUGUGGCGGCGAGGCAGAAGAAGGUAGCGAAUACUACGAGUGGCAGCAACGGCGCGGAUCCGAAGGAGGCGAAGAAGAAGACGACGACGAAAGUGAAGAGGGAAGAGGAACCGGUAUCGGCGAAGAAAGAAAUCGCCAAGCGCUCGAAGAAGGCAAGCGGCGGCGGCGGUGGUGGUGGUGGUGCAACUGCGAACCUCGCGGCCAGAGUCACGAGGAGUGCCAUUAAGAGUGCUUACUUUUUGCUCAGAUAA